CCGCUCCGUACUGUCGCCUUACGCACCAUUCAUCAUGCCUCUGGUCGUCCACGAGAUUGAUCCAAAUCCAGAUACCAUAAUCAUCUUGAAGAAUCCAUCUAAAUACUUCGCAGUAUGGGACGAGAGCAUCAAAGCUCCGGAGCCGCCGGGGCCGGUUCCCGAUCAGAUAGGUGCGCAGCCUGGCGUCAGCGCUGAUGGCAAGUCGGCUUCUCCAGCGUCCUCAAGAAAGAUUAAUUUAAAGGCAAGUAAGAGGAAGGCAAGAAGAAGAUUCAGCUGGAAUGAUGAUGGAAAACCUCCUGUUACCGAAGAACCAGCGGCCGCAUCCCAUCACAGCUCGUUCGGUGGCGAACCCAGCUCUCAGAAUGCCCACCCACCGGAGAGUGGUCCUAACGAGAUGUAUAUCAAUGACGGCGGAGAGAAAAGCGAGAGCGGUUCCCAAUUCGAAGAACCAACGGAGGAAGAGGAGAUACAUUACCUGGUGUCCUCUCGCCACCUGACUCUGGCAUCGCCAUGGUUCAGACGCAACAUGGCCGGAGACUGGUGCGAGGCAAAUCGCGAUCCCGCGGAUGGAAUGUUCCACAUGUGGACGGAGGACUGGGACGAAGAAGCCUUUCUGAUUCUCCUGAGCAUCUUCCACCUGAGAACUCGUCGGGUGCCUCAGACUGUCAGCCUCGAGAUGCUCGCCAAGAUCGCGGUCCUGGUGGAUUACUAUGAGCCCGAAGAAGCGAUUGAGCUCUUUACCAAUAUGUGGCUCGACGACCUGAGAGGCAAGGCUCCGGUUCCGUCCACGUACUGCCGCGAUUUAAUGCUCUGGAUGUGGAUCUCGCAGGUAUUCAACUUAGCGGACGUAUUUACGCAAACUACGCUUGUGGCGCUCAAAGAGAGCACGGAGUCGAUGCAGACCUUGGAUCUGCCUCUUCAUCCGGGCAUUGCCCGUAGGAUCUCCCAGAAACGGUGCGAAGAGAUAGACAGCAUCAUUUCGAAAUUGCACGACUUGGUGGAAGUCUUUCGCAGCGCCACGUACAAAUGCCCACAAGACACCUCUUACUCCUUCCAAUGCGGCUCGUUUCUUUUUGGCGCCUUGACGAAAGAGCUAGCCCGUUGGGAGUUUCUACCGCCGCGGCCUGGAAGUCCUUUCGCCGGCAUGAGUCUCCAGGUGGUAGCGGAGAUGGCAAGCAGCGCACGCAAUCCGCAAUGGUACCACAGCAACAACGGGAGCUAUGGCUACUACGACUAUACUGACUGUGUUCAUGAACCCCAUGAGUGUAAUCUCAACACUAAGCUCAAAACCCUGAUCCAGGGCAUCAUGAGCAAUGUAAAGGGGCUCACGUUAAGUGAGCUGAGGGAAGGUCAACCAAAGGGGGAUUAGCUGCGGCACUGCGCGUCCACAAGGUAUUUGGUCUGAGGGCAUAUGACGGAAGACUUGAAGCGAGGAGUUACGGCGUGCCGGCUAUCACAGGAAUGUGGAUCGGAAAGCUGGACAUACCCGCGCAUGGGUAUGACACGAUCUAGCUGCACCCCGGUGUUUCGGCUGAGCGGGAAAUACUCCAAGCAUGCCGUUGAACAAUCUACGAUGGUUAGCGAACAUAGAAUGAGACAGCA